CAGACGUGUCAAACCCCUGUCCAAACUGGCUGGCCAUCGUUCGACGAUGGAAGUCAGCAAGCGCUGUCUGUGGCUGGCUGCCUUCCAACUGUUUUGGUUCCUGUGCUUGGUGGAAUCGUACCCGGACGGGGUCAAUCUAUACAAAGACUGGCUGCGUGGUAAAAAUGAGGACGAUAUCGAACGCAUGAUAGCUGAGGAUCAAUUUGAAGCUCCGAGACUUUUCUUCUACAGGACGCCAAGUUCCUUUACCGAUCUCGGGAUGGGUGAACCACUAGAGAAGAGGACGGUAAACAGGUACAAAAAUAUGAUGCUCAACAAAGACAGUCUCGAUGUUCCGCUGAUGGACGACGUCGAGCAAACGAAGGAAGCGACCCGAUAUUUUUCUCCACGCAUCACCCCAAAACGAUCACCGGGAGCAAUCCUUAGCUGGGCAAUUCCUGCUGCAAAUCGAGUGCGUGUCAUCAGUACGAAUUAUCGCCCACCCGGUAUCAAUCGGCCCGCUGCUUAGAGAGUAAGCGCACCAUGAACGUGCU